AUGCUAGCCCAUGGUGCACUUGCAUUCCUGCUGCUGGCAUUGGUCCAGCUAGCGUACUGCGCCCAGGACUACUACAAGGUCCUCGGCGUCGACCGCAACGUGGGCGACCGCGAGCUCAAGUCCGCCUACCGCAAGCUCUCCAAAAAGUUCCACCCGGACAAGAACCCCAACGACGACACGGCGCACGAGAAGUUUGUCGAGGUCUCCAACGCCUACGAGGUCCUCAGCGACGAGAACCUGCGCACCAUCUACGACCGCUACGGCCACGACGGCGUCGAGUCGCAUCGCCAGGGUGGUGGCCCUCGGCAGCACAACCCCUUCGACCUCUUCAGCGACUUCUUUGGCGGUGGCGGGCAGAGGCGUGGGCCGCCCGGGAAGCCGCGCGGGCGGGACACCGAAUUCAAACUCGAGAUCACGCUGGCUGAUUUCUACAAUGGCGUCGAGACACAGUUCGAGUGGAACAAGCAGCACAUCUGCGACCACUGCGACGGGACAGGCAGCGCCGACCGCAAGGUCGACAGGUGCAGCGCCUGCAACGGCCAGGGCGUGGUAAUCGUCAAGAAGCAGUUCGCGCCGGGCAUGUUCCAGCAGAUGCAACGGCCCUGCGACGUCUGCGACGGCCGAGGGGAGAAGCCCAAGAACAAGUGCCCCCACUGCCACGGCAGCCGGGUCGUCAGGAAGCAAACACCGGUGGACCUCAAGAUUGAGCGAGGUAUCGCCAACGGCGAGGCGGUGAUCUUCGAGGAGGAGGCUGACGAGAGCCCCGACUGGCACACGGGCAACCUGGUGGUCCACCUGACGGAGAAGAGGCCGUCGAUGGGGGACAACCCGCACCGUCUCGACGGCGUCUUCUUCCGGAGAAAGGGCGACGAUCUCUACUGGACCGAGGUGCUGUCUUUGCGCGAGGCCUGGAUGGGCGACUGGACGAGGAACAUUACACACUUGGACGCGCACGUCGUCCGCUUGGGUCGCCCCAAGGGCAAGGUCGUGCAGCCUGGGCAGGUGGAGACCGUCGUCGGCGAGGGCAUGCCCAAGUGGCACGAGGAUGGCGACAGUGUCUACCACAAGCACGAGUUUGGCAACCUGUAUGUCACGUACGAGGUGGUGCUGCCGGACCAGAUGGACAAGAAGAUGCAGGGCGAGUUCUGGGAUCUCUGGGAGAAGUGGCGCGCUAAGAAGGGCAUUGACCUGCACAAGGACAGUGGCCGGCCGGACCAGCCACCUGUACGGGAUGAAUUAUGA